AUUUUGUUUUUUUGAAUCGAAAUCUUGAAAAUUGAUGGACAACAAGGCCAAAACAGCCAACAAUGGAAGCGACAACGACCUCGAAGGAGAGCAGGAAGAGAACCCUAACAAUAACAAUGACUUGACUGAACAAGUAGUUGCAGAAGAACCGAACACGGGGUCCAACUUGAACCAAGAUCAACAACAGACGCCAUCGAGAGCAAGAACUCCUUUCACUAAUCUCAGUCAGGUCGAUGCUGACCUGGCUCUUGCCCGAACCCUUCAAGAACAGGAGAGGGCAUAUAUGAUGUUGAGGAUGAACAAUGAUGGGAGUGAUUAUGGAAGCUGGGAAGCUGGAAGCUAUUUGCACGAUGAAGAUGAUGAUUUUGGUGGGCCAGAUGAUGAGACUGAUGAAGAGGGAAAUGAGAAUGAGGAGUUUGAUGGCACUGAUGUUGAAGAUGAUGAGGAUGAUGAUGAUGAAGAUGCAUUUGAUGUGCAUGAUCAUGAUGAAGAUGCGGAGGAGGAUAACAACCCUAGUGUCGAAUAUGAUUCUGAUGUUUUUUCAAGUGAUGAGGCAUACGCAAGAGCACUUCAGGAUGCUGAAGAAAGAGAAAUGACUGCUCGAUUGUUAGCCCUCGCUGGAAUAAAUGAUCGAGAAAUUGAGGACCCAGAGGAUCAUGGUGGUAACUCUCAGGUACUGAUUUCUCUGUCUCCUCAUACAGCUCUCUCUUCCCCUUCCCCUCCUUCGGAUGCAUGGGAGGAAGUAGAUCCAGAUGAACUUUCGUACGAGGAGUUGCUUGCAUUGGGUGAAGUGGUUGGAACAGAGAGCAGAGGUCUUUCAACUGAUACACUUGCCUCAUUGCCAACAAUAAAAUAUAAGACGGGAGGCAGUCAGAAUGGAAGCAAUGAUUCAUGUGUCAUUUGUCGCCUGGACUAUGAGGCUGAUGAGACUUUAACACUGCUUUCUUGCAAGCAUUCAUACCAUUCUGAGUGCAUAAACAAUUGGUUGAAAAUAAACAAGGUGUGCCCCGUUUGCAGUACCGAGGUUUCCACUUCUGGGCACAGCUAAUGUUAAGUCACGCACAAGGUGACACAGAAUGAUAAUCCAUCCCAUGGCAUAUUUAAUUAUGCAGACUGUAGUUUUCGUAGAGGAAAACAAAAGGCGAAAAAAACAAAAAAAGCCUGCUUGUACACGUUCAUGUUUGAAUGAAAUGCUGAUAUUGGUAUUGAUAUUGAUACUUGCCUUGGGGGAAUUAGUUUAGUAGAUGUAGCUAUAUGGCCAUCUUCAUAUAAGUGACUGGAAUUGCAGCCAGUUAUUUGAAUGUUUUGGAUUGAAGAUGGUGAAAGUUAAAUUAUAUAAUUGCUUCAGAAUCA